AGCGGUCGCCACCUCCCACCUCCCCUCCUUCUCUCGUGCCAAUCGACCCGGUUUCAUCGCAACCAUCGCUUUGCUUACUGUCGCAUUCCAUCAGGCUUCUAUUGCACUGUUGAAACUGCCUGUUUUCGACGAUCUUGGCGUCUUUCCACGACGGCACGAGUUGAUGUAGCCUCGAGACGACGUGCGCUCACUUCGUUAGCUUCCAGAGCUCCACGCGCCAUUGCCCAAACAACCGCAACACGCGUUAUCUGUUUACCUCCACAACCCGCCGCCUCAUUGCCACCGCCCCGCCGGUCGCGUCGCUACGCGGACGAUUGCAUCCCUUAGCUCCUGCACAUUGCUGUAUCAUUAUACGACUUUGCAAUUAAUUUGCUCUCGUCGCGACCGUCGCCGACAUGUUCUGGUCGGGGACACUACUCAGUGCCACCGGCCCCUUGGCCAAGGCAUGGCUCUCGGCCAACCAGGAGCGGAAGAUCACCAAAGUUCAGGUUCUGCAACACAAUCUGCAGGACAGUGUCGACGCCAUCAUUGCUCCUCAUGACGCUCCCCUCGCUCUCCGCCUGAGCGGCCAACUCCUCCUCGGAGUGGUCCGCAUCUACAGCCGCAAGGCGCGUUACCUCCUCGAUGACUGCAACGAGGCCCUAAUCAAGAUCAAGAUGGCAUUCCGAUCCACGGGAAACCAUGAUAUACCGACUACGGGACAUGCUACCACCAAGGAGGCCCUCAUGCUUCCCGAUACGAUCACGCCAUACGAUAAUCUUGACUUGCUGCCACCACCAAGCUCCGAAUUCCUCGCUUCACAACUAGAAGACGUGACCGCCACUCCGAUAAGCAGUCGGAAGGCUGCUCUUCGGCCGAACAACCGCGAUAUCAACCUUCAGGAGGAUUUCAACAACAGCCAAUUUCUCCAGGAUACCACCGUGGAUGAUGAGGAGCUCGGCCUUGCAAACAUGGACGACCUCGACUUGGAGCUUGACUUUGGUAUGGACAUCGAUGAUCGCCCGACCAAGCUUAUGGACACGACUGUGGAAAUGGGCAGAGAUGCGCCUGCUGCGAGGUCGAUCGAGGAUGACAUGUUCAGCGAGCUGGACGUUGGCGGACCGAACAAGUCUCGCCAGGCGCGUGAGCCCUCCUUGGGGCUCGAUCUUGAUUUCGGGGACGGGGUCCACAUUGCUGAUGCCGAAGGGGAUAUCCAAAUGGGCGACGACGAUUUGCAGUUCAAUGUUGGGGAGGAGUCUGCCAUGCCUGGAGCAGCUGGCCCGGAUAUGAGCCGGGCUCGCAUCUCCGAGUCCCCGCUGUCUGAUAUUGAUGAGGAAUUUGCGAAGGAGGUCGAACUGGAGUACAGCCGGCACAUGAACACCGACAUGUACGAGCCGGGCGACGAUCCGACAGCCUCCACUAUCCAGGCGCCCCAGAGACAGAAGAAGAAGAAGCUGCUCCAACCGGACGAUCAGACCAUGCUUAGCAACGCGCAGAUUAAAGAGCAGCAGGCAAAGCGCGACAACAUUCUGAAGCCACAGUCCUUCCUUACGCAUGAUCCAUAUAUUAUCGGUUUGAUGGAUCUGCACAAGAAUGGCGGUUUCGUCAACAACAUCCUGUUCGAGGGCCGCAGCGACGGCUGGGCCCCCGAGCUGAAGGGGCUUCUCUCACUCGGCGCCAUCCAGCCCAGCCAGCUGAAGCGGAAGAGGGACAGCGGUGUUGCCGACGUGGAGAGCGAAGAGGAGCAGGGCGUGUCCAAGUCACCCCGCUUGGAGAUCCCACAAGAUGAGUCCAUACUUGGCCCUGACGGGACUAUGGUAGGGGACCAGAGCGUAGCCGCAGAUGGCACCGUGCUUGAAAUCCCGGCCGACGACACCGCCGUUUUCCACGGCGAAGAAGAGAAUGAGAGACCAGGAUCGAGGGGCGGUGCUCCUUCCAGCCCGAUGCCCAACUUCGACGAUACCACCAUGCCAAUCGUCCACCCUGCCGACAGCGGACCUGUCUCGAUCGGCACCAAGCACGCCGUGCAUAUCCUCCGCGACCUCUUUGGUGCCGACGCGGCCACCAACGCGGAGAAGCGCAAGAAGACGGCUGUCGUGUUCCAGGAGCUGCUGCCCGAGAACAAUACCACGAAAGCCGACGCUACCAAGAUGUUCUUCGAGUGUCUCGUUCUCGCUACCAAGGACGCCAUCAAGGUUGAGCAGCCCGAGGGCUCCCUUGGCGGGCCCAUCCGUGUCCGUGGCAAGCGCGGGCUCUGGGGUGAUUGGGCGGAGCGCGAAGCUGGUGGCGAGAUGGCUCGUGAGCAGCAGCAGCAGGAGGUAGCCGUGUAGUCAAGAUGCGGCUGAUGGAGCGUUUUUCCUGCUAUGGUGCGAUAGUUGCGUACCCUGAAGGGAGUACUUUGUCACAUAGUCUUAGCUUGGCGUCCGUUUCGCUGUACCGCAUAUCGGCUAUUAUUUUCAGAACUGUGGCGUUGGACGGUUGUUGGUUGGGGCUGGGACUGGAUGCGUUUUGUUUACCCUGUUGGAGUGGCGUUGGGCGCUACCGGAAGACGGGGAAAUACCACUGAUGGAGGGCUCUCGUCGGGCUGGAACAAAAUGUGUAAGUGGUUCACGUGCGGUCGAAGGGUUAGUGCUUGUCAUGCAUCCGUUUGAUUACAGGGAGCCAAGGAGCCCUAGUUGUGUCCUCUAGGUGGUAUUUGCGGGGAGCAGGACACAUGCCGCUGUAGGCAACUACUCUUAGUAUAGUAUUGAAUUAAAAUCAUC